UGUUUUGAUGAUGCAAUGAAACAUCGCACUCUCAAUAUUUUGGACGAACUGGAUGUGCGCAAAAUCGAACACUAUCCAUCGCAUCUUAUCAAGAAGAUCCUGCCACGGAUCGAUAAACGAAUAACCUACCUCAACCAAGCGUUUAAGUUUAUCCUGGAAGAGGAGAAACUAUGGCCCAACAUUUACCCUGAGGUGAUUCUGAUGGACUAUCUGUUCGAUCCCGAGCAUGGCGUGCAGCGCGAUCAGGCGGUGUACUUUAUCAUUCUGCUGAUGGAUCUGCAAGAGGACUACCGUUACCACGUGAAGCGUGCCUUUCUGCGGUACAUACUGCGCUCGGAGGAAGUGCGGAGUCGCCUACAGUUGGCCAUCGAACCGCCGGAGUUCCCCAUUGCCACCAUGAUUGCACCCGUGCCAUGGAAGUGUUCGAUUCAGCUAGCAAAGAACCGUCUGGAGGAGGUUCUGAUGAUCAACCAUCCGGUCUUGCAAGCCAUCAACAUGCUGUGGCACAAGCUGUACAGUAACCUGCUGGUGGUUGAUUCAUCCAAGUUUUACAAUACCGACAUUCCAAUGCACGCCGAUAAGAUUACGGAGAUGAUACACAACAGUUGUCGAAUUACGAGAGAUAUUUUGAUCAACGACUGGAUGCCCCGCGUGGCGGACCUUGUGGAUGUGAUGCGAAAAUACUGGAAGGAUCUUGUCCCCCGCAAUUCUACCCACGGCGGACGGGGAACCAUUUUCUUCAACUGUAUUCAUGCGCUCACCUCCUACCAUCUGCAGGACUUGAUCAAAAAGAGUCUCGAUCAUCUCGUCGAAGCGCUUGAGGUGUACCGUGAAGGGGACAUUGCCGGGAACGAGCCGAAGGUGAAGAAGAAACCCUUCAUGACGCUCACGGUCUCGGUGGUCGGACAGCACCAUACGGAAAUCGAGAAAACUACUGAAAAGGGUGACCUUUCGCUGUACCAGGUGGACGAUGACGAUCCCGACAUACUGGCCUCGGAAUCGGACGACUUUCCGCUGACUAGCCGCGACGAACGGCGCACGUCGUUCAUCGUGGAGAGCAGCGGCAAGAUCAUCAUCUACCCGUACAUGGAGGAGUUGCCCGACCUGUUCAAGAGCUACUUCGUGAAGAUACUGAAGGUGGGCUACAAAAUUCCCCGUCUCGAGUACUACCUCACGCAGGACGAAAAGCAGCUGGGCUAUCUGCACUUUAUCCGCGAGGAUAACGACGACAUGGAGAAGCUGUACCAGCGCGUAAAGAAAAUUGUCAUCGCGAACCAGACCGGCCCGACGGUUUACCUCUACCCGAUGUACGAGUACUACUUUCCGGUGUUGGCGAACAAGAUGAAGCUGAUAACGGAGGGCAUCUUCUCGCAGGCAGAACUGCCACCGUUGGAUAUAUUCAAGGAGCUGGUCCAGAAGUUCACCGAACUUUUGAAUGGUAUCUACUAUCUGCGAGAUUUUAUACCACUGAAUUUGUUUAUGCUCGAUAAUAGCAGACUAAACAAGGUGCUUGAGAAGCUGGUUAACGAUCUGAAGAAUUUUGUCAUCAACUACUUCAUAACGCUGAACCAAGUGGAAAAUCGAAGGAUCUGCGAUGAAUUUGAAGAUAUGUCUCUGCAUGCCGGAGAACGACCCAAGGAAACACCGGAAGUUGUGGCGCUGCAGAACUAUCUCACCCACUGUCGGGAGGAGCGAAUGUAUCAACUUACAUCCGAAAUCAAGCAAGUCGCCCAGCGGGUGAUUUUCUUACUCACGCACGCGAUUCUAGAUCAGGAAGAUAUAAACCUCAACUCAAGACUGUUCUUGUGGCCUAAAGAAUUGGAAAAAGUGCUCGAUCUCAGUGGUGCACGCUUAGCGGUGGUACGUGAGAACCUGGAAACAUCGCUCCGAGAACGCAGAGUCAAGUUCGAGCAAUACCUGAUGACGGAGAAGAAGAAGAUGGACCACUUCCGGACCCGUGAAAUUCGAGAAAUGCUUUCGCUGGACGACCUGCGUGAGAAAGUGGACACGGUCGAUGGGUUGAUGAAGAUUUUGGAAGAUUGUAGCAGAGAGGCAAAAGAGAUCAAUGCGAACGAAAAUCUCCUCCAGAUUGAUCAGUCGUUCUUCCCGUCGCUCAAUGAGAUGAUCGAAAAGAUGGGCCCGAUCGAGAAGCUCUGGCACACGGCGUACAAGUUCGACACCUGUCACGAGGUGUGGUACUUUGGUCCGUUCAAGGACUUGGACGCGGACGUCAUACGGAAUGCCGUUGAGGAGAUGUACCAGGCCAUCUCGGUGCUGCUCAAGGAACUCACCGGUAGCCCGCAAGCGAAGCGCGUCGCCGAACAGAUACGCAUGAAGGUGGAGAAGUUCAAGGUGUACCUGCCGAUACUGGAGUCGAUCUGUCGCCAGGGGCUGUGCGAUCGCCACUGGAAACAGAUCUCGGAAGAACUGGGCCAAGAAGUGAACCCCGAUGUGCACAACUCGCUCAGCCAGAUGGUAGAAAUCGAUAUCGUUAAGAUCCAGCAGCGUCUGGAGGAGAUCUCCAAUGCUGCCGGCAAGGAGUACGAGCUAAACAUCCAGCUCGUGAACAUGCAGGAAGAGUGGACGGAUGUCAUGUUCGUUUGCGUGCCGUACCGGGACAGCGAUAUGUACAUCCUAUCCUCCGUUGACGAAAUUCAAACGCUGCUGGACGACCAUAUCCUGAAGGCACAGGCGAUGCGAGGAUCGCCCUAUAUCGCUGCGCUCGGCACGAAGGCAAACAACUGGGAGGACAAGUUGAUCUCCAUGCAGGACAUUAUCGAUACCUGGCUGCAGGUGCAGGCGACCUGGAUGUACCUGGAGCCGAUCUUUAGCUCCGAGGAUAUCCUGCGCCAGAUGCCAACCGAGGGGCGCCACUUCAAGGCCGUCGAUCGUGUAUUCCGCAAGAUCAUGAAGCACACCACGGCUGACGCGCAUGUCAUUCAGGCGACAGAUUACCCAGAGCUGCUGAACACCCUCCGGAAGGCGUACACCGAUCUGGAGGAGAUACAGAAGGGUCUGAACAUGUAUCUCGAAAAGAAGCGGCUCUUCUUCGCCCGAUUCUUUUUCCUCUCCAACGACGAGCUGCUGGAGAUUUUAUCCGAAACCAAAGAUCCACUGCGAGUGCAACCACAUCUGAAGAAGUGCUUCGAAGGAAUACAUUCGCUACAGUUUGAUCAGCAGAUGGAGAUCGUAGCGAUCACUUCUGGCGAGCAGGAAGUGAUACCAUGCGUCCGUAAGGUUAAUCCCAACAUGGCGAACGGUUUGGUUGAGAAGUGGCUGAAAGAAGUAGAAACGGUGAUGUUGGAGAGUGUAAAGGAGCAGAUUUGGCAAUCGUACGAACGCUACCCGAACGAGCCGCGAAAGGCGUGGGUACUGAAUUGGCCUGGCCAGGCUGUACAGGUGGUGUCAUGCCUCAAGUGGACCGAAGAGGCAGAGGAAGCCAUUAAAAGCGGACAACUGAAGCAGUUUGGUGAUACGUGCUGCGAGCAGAUAGCCGAGCUGGUAGAUAUUGUACGAGGAACACUGAGUGCCGGUGCAACGAUCACUAUCGAAGCAUUGAUUGUCGUGGACGUGCAUGCGCGGGAUAUCAUUAACAUGCUGGCGAACAAACAGACCACGGACGUGGGUGAUUUCAACUGGUUCUCGCAACUUCGAUACUACUGGCGCAUCGACGACGAUGAUAAGCAGAGCUACGUCGGGGUCAGUAUGGUGACGACCGAUCUCAAGUACGGUAUGGAAUAUCUCGGCAAUACGGGCCGUCUCGUUACGACCCCGCUGACGGAUCGGUGCUUCCGCACACUAAUGGGAGCUUUCAAGCUGAACCUCGGCGGUGCUCCAGAAGGACCGGCCGGAACGGGUAAAACGGAAACCUGCAAAGAUUUGGCCAAAGCGGUGGCAAAGAAGUGCGUCGUCUUCAACUGCUCUGAUGGGUUGGACUAUAAAGCGUUGGGUAAAUUCUUCAAGGGUCUCGCGCAGUCUGGUUCCUGGGCCUGCUUUGAUGAGUUCAAUCGUAUCGAGCUGGAGGUGUUAUCAGUGGUGGCGCAACAGAUCCUUACUAUUCAGCAUGCCAUUGCCCAGAAGGUGGUCAAGUUUGUGUUUGAAGAUACCCACCUAAAGAUCGACCCGACGUGCAAUAUCUUCAUCACCAUGAAUCCUGGGUAUGCCGGACGAACCGAACUACCCGACAACUUGAAGGUACUGUUCCGCACCGUUGCUAUGAUGGUACCGGACUAUGCAAUGAUCGGUGAGAUUACGCUCUACUCGAACGGGUUUGACAAUGCGCGCGUCUUAGCACAGAAGAUCGUACACACGUACAGGCUCUGUUCGGAGCAGUUGUCCUCGCAGUUCCACUACGAUUACGGUAUGCGUGCGGUGAAAUCGGUCCUAACUGCUGCCGGCUCCUUACGACGUGCCCAGCCGCACUUGCCGGAGGAUCAGAUAGUUUUACGUGCCAUCAUCGACGUCAAUUUACCCAAAUUUCUUCAGCAGGAUAUUCCUCUGUUUGAGGGUAUCUAUAAAGAUUUAUUCCCAGGAGUGAACCUUCCUCCGCCUGCCCGCGACGACAUCGUACGAAUUCUUCUCGUGAAACUAGUCAAGCGAAAGCUCCAACCGACGGCAUGGUAUAUCGAUAAAAUCAUGCAAAUCUACGAGAUGCUACUCGUCCGCCACGGACUUAUGAUCGUCGGCGAUUCUAUGGGAGGGAAAACUACAGCCUAUCAGGUGCUAGCCGAGACACUGCGCGAGUUGCGUGUGGAAAAGGGACCAAAAUGUGAAGAACAAGGAGUUCAGUACCGUCUCAUCAACCCAAAAUCGAUUUCGAUGGGCCAGUUGUACGGAAGCUUCGAUCCUGCGUCUCACGAAUGGUCUGACGGAGUGCUUGCAAACACGUUCCGGGAGAUGGUAAAUACAACAAGCCCGGAAAGACAGUGGAUCAUCUUCGAUGGUCCGGUCGAUGCGGUUUGGAUUGAGAAUUUAAACACGGUUUUGGAUGACAACAAGAAGCUAUGCUUGAUGUCUGGUGAAAUUAUCCAAAUGACUAAGCUGAUGAACCUUGUCUUUGAGCCAAUCGAUCUGGAGCAAGCGUCUCCGGCGACAGUUUCGAGAUGUGGUAUGAUCUACAUGGAACCUCAGCAGCUCGGUUGGAUAGCUUUGCACAAGUCCUUCCUAUUGCUACUGGAAGAGAAGGGCGUCUCGGAGAUCAACAUUGGAGUGUUUGAACAGCUUGUGGAAUGGUUGAUUCCACCAUCACUGAAAUUUUUAAAGAUGGUGAAAACUGUUCUCCCCAUUUCGGAGAUGCAGUGUUACUCGAUGUUUUCGCGGUUCUUCUCAAUCUUUUGCACCCGUAUGAACAACUACACACAAAUUCAGUUCCAGCAAACAUUCCUGUUCUGCUACGCCUGGGGUUACUUUUCAUCCGUCACCAACGAAGGCCGGAAGUACAUUGAUCCACUGCUUCGCAAGAUCCUUUACGGAGCCAACGAGGAUCACCCGAAGCCGAAACAUUUUUCUCUGAACCGUGGUCAAAUGUACCCGGAAAAGAUGAACUUCAUGGACUAUAGGUUCGACGAGCACGAAAACUGGUGGCCUUGGCAAACGACGGAAGAGUUGGUCCUACCAGAGUCGUGCAUCGUGUCGGAACUGAUGAUACCGACGAAGGAAACCGGAUACAUUCUGUAUUGGACGAAUCUGUGCGUGAGAAAUGGUAUUCCAAUUUUGCUGGCUGGCCCGACGGGAACCGGGAAAAGCGCAACCAUUUCCAACUACAUCCGCGAGCUACCAAAGACAAAAUUCAUUUCGAACAUCAUUAACUGCUCCGCUCGGAGUACGGCCGCUCAGGUACAGGACACCAUCAUGGGGAAGUUGGAUCGUAGGCGUAAGGGAGUUUAUGGUCCACCAGUUGGCAAAGAGUGCGUCAAUUUUAUUGACGAUCUUGCAAUGCCGGCACGAGAUGACUAUGGAUCGCAGCCUCCACUAGAACUAGUCCGUACGUGGCUUGAUCAUCGCAUCUGGUCCGAUCUACGGGAUACGUCCAAGAUCGAGUUGAUCGAUCUGCUGCUGAUCGCAGCCAUGGGACCUAUCGGUGGAAGCAACUUCAUUCCUCAGCGACUCUACCGUCACAUGUUUGUCAUUUCGGUGGAUUCCUUCGAAGAUACCACGCUGAUGCGUAUAUUUUCCUCCAUUGGUGACUGGCACUUUGCCAAGGGUUUCCCCGAACCGGUGGCUCGCUUAAGCAAACUCCUUAGCCAAGCGUCAAUCGCGGUCUACCGAGGUGCUAUCGAGCACUUCCUGCCAACUCCGGCAAAGUCACACUAUCUCUUUUCCCUGCGCGAUGUGUCCCGCGUCUAUCAGGGUAUUGUGCUGCUACCGUCCAAGAAACUGCCGGAUGCCGAGAAACUUGUCCGCUUGUGGCUGCACGAAACAUACCGUGUGUUCUGCGAUCGGCUUAUUGACGAUGAAGAUAAACGUAAGCUGCUUCAGCUGGUGGAUGAGGCUUCCGUAACGCACCUAAGGAUGAAGCUUGAACAGGCCUUCGGCGAUCGCCUCGAGCCCGGUCAGAAGGUAUCGGACAAACACAUACGGGACCUUCUGUUCGGUAACUACAUGGAACCGGCGGCAGUGACGCGACUAUACGAUGAGGUUGACAACUGGGAGCAGCUGGAAAAGAACAUCAACUUUUACCUUUCCGAGUACAAUGAGCGCUCAAAAUCUCCGAUGAACCUGGUACUGUUCCGGUUUGCGAUCGAGCACAUUUCGCGGGUGUCGCGAGUGCUGCAGAUGCCACGGGGUCAUCUAUUGCUCGUAGGACUGGGUGGAUCUGGCCGGAGAAGUGCGGUGAAACUGGCCGCCAGUAUGAGCGAUUCGCUCGUAUUCCAGGUGGAAGUUACUCGCAGUUACUCGCUGCACGAAUGGCGUGAGGAUAUGAAGAAGCUUCUGAUGAAUGCCGGUUGCGAAGGGAAGCGAACAGUGUUCCUGUUCAACGACUCGCAGGCAAAAGAGGAAGCUUUCGUGGAGGACAUCAACUCACUCCUUAACACGGCCGACCUGCCGAAUCUGUUCCAGGCCGAGGAGAAGGCGGUCAUCCUCGAGCAAAUGCAAACGAUCGUACAGGCCACGAACAAACCAAUCGAUCUGACAGCACUGUCACUGUACAACUUCUUCGUGGAACGUGUACGGGAGAAUCUGCACAUCGCGUUGGCGUUCUCGCCGAUCGGAGACUCGUUCAAGAAGCGAUUGCGCAUCUACCCGUCCCUCAUUAACUGCUGCACCAUCGAUUGGUUUACGGCCUGGCCCGACGAUGCCCUGCAGAAGGUGGCCGAGUUUUUCAUACGCUCCAUGGACCUCGUCAGCAGUCAGGAACGUCUGUCGUCGCGGGAUUCUUCGAGCGUCGAAACGGUCGCCGAACCGGUGCCGGUCGAUGAGAAGGAUCAGAAGACACGCCAUCUAACCGAGCUCGAACGUAAGCUCAUUGAUAUCGUGCUUGAGUUCAACGAAAGUGUCGUAGAAAACUCGCAACGGUUUUUCCUCGAGCAGGGACGACGUAACUAUGUAACACCGACUUCGUAUCUCGAAAUGCUACGUUCUUUCAAGGACUUGUACCGGAAGAAGUACUCCGAAACGAUCACGCAACGUGACCGAUACACAACCGGUCUCGAGAAGCUGGACUUUGCCGCCGGGCAGGUGUCGGUUAUGCAGGAUCAGCUGAAAGAUUUGCAGCCCCAGUUGAAGCAAACGUCCGAUGAGACGGAGAAAAUCAUGGUCAAUAUUGAACGGGAAACGGCCGAGGCGGAAAAGAAGAAGGAAAUUGUCGGAGCAGACGAAACUGCCGCCAAUGAAGCGGCAGCCUCCGCCCAAGCGAUAAAAGACGAUUGUGAGAGUGACCUGCAGGAAGCAGUACCGGCCCUUGAGGCAGCCCUGGCAGCACUGGACACCCUGAAACCGGCUGACAUUACAGUGGUCAAGUCGAUGAAGAAUCCACCGUCGGGUGUGAAGCUGGUGCUAGAGGCUGUCUGCGUUAUCCGAGGCAUCAGAGCGGACAGGAAACCUGAUCCAAAUGGACAUCUUGUGGAAGACUAUUGGGGACCAUCGCAAAAGAUGUUGGGCGAUCUAAAGUUCCUGGACAGUCUGAAAACGUUCGACAAAGACAAUAUUCCCAUUCCAGUGAUGAAAAAGAUACGAGAAGUUUACAUUGCUGAUCGAGAGUUUGUUCCGGAGAAAAUCAAAAACAUCUCGAUGGCCUGCGAAGGUCUGUGCCGUUGGGUACGAGCGAUGGAGAUUUACGAUCGGGUAGCGAAGAUUGUUGCCCCGAAGAAGAUAGCACUUGCCGAGGCCGAAGCCGAGUUGGCGAUGCAGAUGGAAAAACUUAACUCUAAGCGAGCCGAACUUCAGGAGAUUCUGGACAAGUUGCAAAAGUUGAACGACUUCUUCGCCGAAAAGUCCCGUGAAAAGAAACGUCUCGAAGACGAGAUCGAUAGCUGCGAGAAGAAACUGAUACGCGCCGAACAGCUCAUCGGAGGGCUCGGUGGCGAGAAACGUCGCUGGUCCGAGUGUGCUGUUAAUCUGCAUCAGUCGCUAAGCAACGUAGUCGGUGAUGUGCUGCUGGCUGCUGGAUGCGUUGCCUACUUGGGUUGCUUCUCGACCGAAUUUCGAUCGUCGAUUCUACACGAUUGGAACACGGUUGCCCUUGCCCGCCGUAUACCGUGUACGGAGAAUUUCUCCCUUCUUACAACUCUGGGCAAUCCGUUGCAAAUCCGUAGCUGGUCGAACUGGGGUUUGCCAACGGAUAACUUUUCCGUCGAGAAUGGAAUCAUCGUAAAGCACGCACGCCGUUGGCCGCUGAUGAUCGAUCCGGAAGGUCAGGCAAAUAAGUGGGUUAAGAACAUGGAGAGAGCGAACAAUUUGAAGAUAAUCCAGCAGGGUGAAGCAAACUAUAUGCGCGUUGUCGAAAAUGCCAUUAUCAAUGGCUACCCGGUAUUGUUGGAAAGCGUAGGUGAAACGAUCGAUUCCGGAUUUAACACCAUUCUGGAGAAAAACAUUAUCGUGCAGAAGGGUUCACACUGCAUCAAACUUGGCGAUGCUAUGGUGGAAUAUAACGAAAACUUCCGAUUCUACAUCACGACCAACUUGCGCAAUCCUCACUACUUGCCCGAGACGGCCGUAAUGGUAACACUGAUGAACUUCAUGAUUACGGAACAGGGACUACGAUCGCAGUUGCUCGGAACGGUGAUCAUCCAGGAGCGACCGGACCUACAGGAGAAAAAGGAAUCACUCAUAAUUGAAUCGGCACAGAAUCAAGAAGCGCUUUAUAAUGCGGAGGCCAAAAUUUUACAAGUCCUCUCCACCGCCGAGGGAAAUAUCCUUGACGAUGAGAACGCGAUCGACAUACUUACCUCUAGUAAGCAACUGUCGGAGGAGAUACAGGCGAAGCAGUUGGUGGCCGUUGCUACUGAGGCGGAAAUUGACGCCGCCCGGCAGCAGUACAUUCCAGUUGCACGCCACUCUGCCGUAAUCUUCUUCUGCACGGCUGAGCUUGCCAACAUAGACCCGAUGUAUCAGUUCAACCUUACCUGGUUCCUGAACAUCUUCGUCCAGGCGAUCAUCAAUUCGCCCAAGUCUGAUGAACUCGAACAGCGGUUGAAGCAUCUGACGGACUACUUCACAAUGGCCAUCUACAACAAUGUGUGCCGCUCGUUGUUCGAGAAGGACAAGCUUAUGUUCUCGUUUGUGCUGUGCCUGGGUAUCAUGCGUGGACGGGGCGAGAUCAAGGAUCCGGAACUUUCAUUCCUUCUGACCGGUGGACUGGCGUUGGAUAACCCACUUCCAAAUCCUGCACCCGAUUGGUUGUCGGACAAGUGUUGGGCAGAGGUGGUCCGAGCAGGGUCACUGCCAUCGCUGAAGGAUCUCCCACAAGCGCUCACGCAAAACAUCAACGGGUGGAAGGCGUACAACGAUCUCAACGAUCCGGAUGGCCAGUCACUCCCGAAACCGUUCGAUCAGCAGGAUAACCUCGUCAAGUUGAUCGUGCUGAAAUGCCUCCGUCCGGACAAGGUGGUUCCGGGUUUGCAAAGAUUCAUCGUGCAAAACAUCGGUCAAAUGUACGUGGAACCACCGCAGUUUGAUUUGGAGACGUCCUAUCGGGACAGCUCACCCAGGACACCGCUCAUAUUCAUGUUGUCGCCCGGUUCGGACCCGAUGGACAGUAUUCUCACAUUCGCAAACUCCCACUACAUGAGUGACGAUUGUCGGGUGAUCUCACUGGGUCAGGGACAAGGACCAAAGGCUACCCGAACCAUUCUGGACGCGAUCAAACUAGGUUACUGGGUCAUCCUCCAGAACUGUCACGUGGCCGAGUCGUACAUGGACGAACUGGAGAAGAUAUGCAUGGACUCGACCCUUUACGAAUCCGUCCACCCAAAGUACCGCCUAUGGUGUACGUCCUACCCGAGUCGCCGUUUUCCGGUGUCCAUCUUGCAGAAUAGCGUCAAGAUGACGAACGAAGCUCCGAAGGGUGUGAAAAACAACAUGACACGCAUUUUCACUACAGACCCGUUAUCGAACGAUGGGUUCUACACCAAUGCGUUCGAUGGACCGUUGGCUACGACGUGGCUCCGGGGAGUUUUCUCUUUGGUGUUUUUCCACGCCGUCGUUCAAGAGCGUUGCAAGUUCGGCCCCUUGGGUUGGAACAUUCCGUACGAAUUCAACGAAUCGGAUCUGAAGAUCUCCCUUAUGCAACUGAAGAUGUUCCUCAACCAGUUUCACAGAAUCCCCUUCGACGGUCACAUUUAUCUGACGGGUGAAUGCAACUACGGCGGGCGUGUGACGGAUGACAAGGAUCGCCGACUGUUGAUGGCGCUCUUGAAUCGUAUUUACAACCAAGAAACCAUCGAUACAGACAGUUUCCGUCUAACCGAGUCAGGCCGGUACAAGGUACCGGAGUUACCGACGAAACAAAAAUCGUUGGCCUAUAUUUCGACGCUACCAAUGAUUGCACAUCCGGAGGUGUUCGGGUUGCACGAAAAUGCAGACAUUACACGCAACAUCGAGGAGACCAAUUCGCUGCUCGAUCGGGUGCUGCUAACACAGACACAUCUGUUUGCCGGCACUGCCACAUCGGACACGGAACAGCAAGAAGAUCCGGUGUUGUUGUUGUGCACGGAGAUCACCAACAAACUGCCCGAACUCUACGACCUCGAUGCCGUCGCCGAGCUGUUCCCGAUCGAGUAUGAAAACUCCAUGAACACGGUCCUGCGUCAAGAGUUGACACGCUUCAACCGACUGCUCGAAUAUAUCCGCAUCAGCUUAGUGGAUGUGCAGCGUGCCAUCAAAGGUCAGAUCAGCAUGAUCCCGGAGCUGGAGAGCAUCUACCGGUCGAUGAAAAUCUCGCGCGUCCCCAAGGCGUGGCUCUCGAAGAGCUAUCCCUCGUUGAAACCACUCGGAAGCUACGUGAACGAUUUUGUGGAACGGUUGGCGUUCUUCCAGCGCUGGAUCGACGAGGGCGAACCGAAUGUGUACUGGAUGAGUGGGUUCUACUUUACGCAGUCCUUCCUGACGGGAAUUAUGCAAAAUCACUCGCGCAAGUUUAAUCUACGCAUCGACGAUCUGGUCAUGGAUUUCGACGUUACGGCGUUCGAGUCCGACCAAGCGGUAAAAGAUUCCCCCGAAGUGGCUACAUUUGUGAAGGGUCUAUAUCUGGAAGGCGCCCGUUGGAAUCGCGACAAGUUGCACCUGGAUGAACCCCUUUCCCGCAUACUCUACGACACGCUGCCCAUCGUUUCGAUGACGCCAACGGUGAAAGAGGAAAAGGAUUCCAUCCGCCGUCAACGCUACGACUGCCCGAUCUACAAAACCAGCGAACGACGCGGAGUUCUGUCCACCACCGGUCACUCGACCAACUUCGUCAUGUUCCUCGAGCUGGACACCGAGAAGCCAUCGGAGCACUGGGUUCUGCGGGGAACCGCCUGUCUGUGCCAGUUGGAUGAUUAG